GUUCUUUCUUUCCAAAACGUGAAAUAAGGUGUAGAGUUCUCGACGAGCUAAGGUCUUGAAAUCCGUUYACAUCCUUCGUUUCAAGGCAACCUGCAUCAUAUUUCUGAACCAUMUCGAAAGAAUAGAUAUCAGAGAACACAAUGGCAUCAAAAUCUGAACUCGCUUGUGUCUACAGUGCACUUAUUUUGCACGAUGAUGAUGUCCCRAUCACCGCUGAGAAGAUGCAAAAGCUGAUCAAAGCAGCCAACGUCGAUGUUGAGUCUUUCUGGCCUGGUCUUUUUGCYAAGGCUCUYGAAGGUCACAAUAUCACUGACCUWAUCACCAGCGCUGGUGCUCCAGGUGGUGGUGCUCCUGCUGCCGGCGGUGCUGCUGCUGGUGGAGCUGCCGACGAGCCCAAGGCAGAGGAGAAGAAGGAAGAAAAGAAGGAGUCUGAGUCAGAGUCUGAUGACGACAUGGGCUUUAGUCUCUUCGAUUAGACAUCAAGUUUUGUGCCAAGAAUAACAUCAAUAAAAAUGUUUUACUGAAAA